AUGUCCCGUGUGGCCCCAGCCCUGGAGGCAGUCCGUAAUCAGGCGCACCGACUUGUCGCGUGGACUGAUGUGUUCAUUUUCCUGAUUUCAGGAGGGUUUGCAUUCGUAUAUGAGGCCCAGGAUCUGGGAAGUGGCAGAGAGUAUGCGCUGAAGAGGCUGCUGUCCAACGAGGAGGAGAGGAGCCGAGCCAUCAUCCAGGAGGUGUGCUUCUUGAAAAAGCUUUCUGGCCACCCCAACAUUGUCCAGUUUUGCUCUGCAGCGUCAAUAGGGAAGGAGGAGUCGGACACGGGGCAGGCCGAGUUCCUGCUGCUCACGGAGCUCUGCAGAGGGCAGCUGGUGGAGUUUCUGAAGAAAAGCGAGGCCAAAGGGCCGCUGUCGUGCGACACCGUCCUGAAGAUUUUCUACCAGACGUGCAGGGCCGUGCAGCACAUGCACCGGCAGAAGCCGCCCAUCACCCACCGGGACCUCAAGGUUGAAAACUUGUUGCUGAGUCACCAGGGGACCAUUAAGCUGUGCGACUUUGGCAGCGCCACGACCGUCUCGCACGCCCCUGACUACAGCUGGAGUGCCCAGCGGCGGGCCCUGGUGGAGGAGGAGGUCACCAGGAACACAACGCCCAUGUACAGGGCGCCCGAAGUCGUGGACCUGUACUCGAACUUCCCCAUCGGCGAGAAGCAGGACAUCUGGGUGAGGCCGCAGCGCCUGUGCCUGCUGUGCUUCGGGCAGCACCCUUUUGAAGACGGAGCAAAGCUUCGCAUCGUGAACGGGAAAUACUCCAUCCCUGCUGACGACACUCGGUACUCUGUGUUCCACGGCCUCAUCCGCGCCACACUGAGGGUCAACCCGGAGGAGCGGCUGUCCAUCACCGAGCUGGUGAACCAGCUGCAGGAGAUCGCGGCUGCCCGCAGUGUGAACCCCAAGUCGCCCAUCACUGAGCUCCUGGAGCAGAAUGGAGGCUACGGGAAUGCUGCCCCAUCCCGAGGGCCACCUCCUCCCGGGGGGCCUGUGAGCAGCGGCCAAGGCGGAGGCCUGGCGGUGGCUGAGUACGAGCAGUCCUAUGGCGGGCUCCUGGACAUCCUGCGGGGGGGCCCCGGGCGCCUGCUCACCAACCUCAAGGACACCUCCUCCAAGGUCAUCCAGUCCGUCGCCAAUUACGCGAAGGGAGACCUGGACAUUUCCUACAUCACAUCCCGAAUCGCAGUGAUGUCCUUCCCGGCAGAGGGUGUGGAAUCGGCCAUCAAAAACAACAUCGAGGACGUGCGCUUGUUUCUGGACUCCAAGCACCCGGGACACUAUGCGGUCUACAACCUAUCCUCCAGGACGUACCGGCCCGCCAAGUUUCACAACCGCGUGUGCGGGUGCGGGUGGGCGGCCCGGCGCGCCCCGAGCCUGCGCAGCCUGUACAGCAUCUGCAGGGACAUGCACUGGUGGCUGCGGCAGGACCACAAGAACGUGUGCGUGCUGCACUGCACGGACGGGAGAGCGGCGUCAGCCGUGGCCGUCUGCUCCUUCCUGUGCUUCUGCCGGCUCUUCAGCACCGCCGAGGCCGCCGUGUACAUGUUCAGCAUGAAGCGCUGCCCGCCCGGCAUUUGGCCGUCCCACAAAAGGUACAUCGAGUACAUGUGUGACAUGGUGGCGGAGGAGCCCAUCACGCCCCACAGCAAGCCAAUCCUGGUGCGGGCCAUCGUCAUGACGCCCGUGCCGCUGUUCAACAAGCAGAGGAGUGGCUGUCGGCCCUUCUGCGAGGUCUAUGUCGGGGACGAGCGCGUGGCCACCACGUCCCAGGAGUACGACAGGAUGCGGGAUUUCAGGAUCGAGGACGGCAAGGCGGUCAUCCCUCUGGGCACGGCUGUCCAAGGGGACGUGCUCAUCGCCAUCUACCAUGCGCGGUCCACCCUGGGAGGCAGGCUGCAGGCCAAGAUGGCGUCCAUGAAGAUGUUCCAGGUCCAGUUCCACACGGGGUUCGUGCCUCGGAACGCCACCACCGUGAAGUUCGCCAAGUAUGACCUGGACGCCUGUGACAUUCAGGAGAAAUACCCAGAUCUGUUCCAAGUGAGCCUCGAGGUGGAGGUGGAGCCCCGAGACAGGCCCAGCCGGGAGGCUCCGCCCUGGGAGAGCUCCAGCAUGAGGGGGCUGAACCCCAAGAUCCUCUUUUCCAGCCGAGAGGAGCAGCAGGACGUCCUGUCUAAAUUCGGGAAGCCCGAGCUCCCCAGGCAGCCGGGCUCCAGCGCCCAGUACGACGCCGAGACGGGAUCUCCUGACGCUGAGCCCACGGAGGGGCUGCACUCAGAGGCAGGGCCGGCGCCCCUUCCGGCCCCUGGGGUCCCCACCAGCAAUGCCGACCUGCUCAGCUGCCUCCUGGGAGCCCCGGAGUCUGCUCCCGAGGGUGCCCCAGGCGACCUCCUCGGUGGGGAGACCCCCCUGCUCUUCACCAGCCCCCCCACCACCACGGGCGGGCCCCCCGCAGCCGCCGACCCGUUCGACCCUCUCCUGCUGACAUCCGAUCUAGAUGCCCAGCCCUGCUCCAAGCCCAAUCUCUUGGGGGAAUUUCUUAAUUCAGACUCUCUGGCCGCUCAGCCUGCGUCCUUCCCCUCCACCCAUAGCGCCCCGCCCCCGGCCUGCGGCACCGACUUCCUGCAGCUGGGGGACGUGCCAGCCGAGCCCAGCAGGAUGUCCACCUCGGCCAGCCACCCGGACCUGCUGGGAGGAUGGGACUCCUGGGCCGAGGCCCCGGCCCCCGCUCCAGCCACAGACGGCCCCUUCUUCUCUCCUGGUGGCCAGCCAGCCCCUCCCGGCCCCCCGGCCAGCCGGGCCAAGUCUCAGAGCCUGGACCUGUUUGCAGACCUCGGGGACCUCAGCUCCAGCCUCCAAGGCUCACCCGGUGGAUUCACUCCUGGGGGCUUCGGCCCCAAAGCAGCCCCCCCUCCCAAGGGCGGCAGCUCCUGGCAGACAAGUCGGCCUAUGACCCAGGGCGCCCCACGGGCCCCCCAGACCAAGCCACCCCCCAAAACCUGUGCACAGCCAAGGCCUAACUACGUGAGCUUCAGCGUUAUCGGUGGCCGAGAGGAGCGGGGUGUCCGCGUCCCCAGCUUUGCUCAGAAGCCGCGGGUGUCGGAGAACCACUUUGAAGACCUGCUGUCGAACCAGGGCUUCUCCUCCAAGGCCGACAGGAAGGGGCCGAGGACCAUCGCCGAGAUGAGGAGGCAGGACCAGGCGAGGGACACGGACCCGCUCAAGCUGAAGCUCCUGGACUGGACCGAGGGCAAGGAGAGGAACAUCCGCGCCCUGCUGUCCACACUACACACCGUGCUGUGGGACGGCGAGAGCCGCUGGACGCCCGUGGGCAUGGCUGACCUGGUGACGCCUGAGCAGGUGAAGAAGCAGUACCGCCGGGCCGUGCUGGUGGUGCACCCUGACAAGGCCACGGGGCAGCCCUACGAGCAGCAGGCCAGGAUGAUCUUCAUGGAGCUGAGCGACGCCUGGUCCGAGUUUGAGAGCCAGGGUGCCCGGCCCCUCUUCUGAGCCCUCUGCUCACAGCUGCAUGUGGACCAGGAGCUGG